AUGAAGUUCAUCACCGCCACCAUCUGGUUCCUCGCAGCCAGCGCCGUCGCACUGCAAGACCCACGCGCGCCCGUCGACCAGAUCCUGCCUCGUGCAUCUGCAGCCGGGGGUGCCAAGGCCAAGGCGACAGGCCCAGCGGGUGCGAAAGCAUCGAGCGCAAAGGCGUCGGGAGCAAAGGCAACAGGGCCUUCCAAAGCAGCGAGCGCCGGCGGUGCGAAGGCGACGGGAGGUGCCAAGGGCAAGGGCAAGGCCGGAGGAGCAGCAGCGGGAGGAAAGGGCAAGAAGGGAAAGGGAAAGAAGGCAAAGAACAAUGCCUAA